GCUACAUAGAAACUGCUCGACGCUCUACCGACUGUAGUGUAGUGACUGCAAUGCCAAAUCUACCAACUCGAGGAUCGGCCUAUGUCGAACAGGUUUUAAGGUUUCAUCGUUGGAGUGCAAAUGUCAUUGUCGUUUCACCAUAAGCCACAUGAAAUAUUGUGCAGGGAUCAACAGUUGCCUUUAACAAUUGGACAAAGCAGUACGGCGAUAUAGUUGGGUUCUUCAACGGAGCGGUGCCUUUUCUCCUGGUUAAAGAUGUUGACCUGUUAAAGAAAGUUCUAAUCGAAGACUUCCACGUGUUCUCUGAACGAGGGACCCUCCUGAGUGUCAUGCCUGCGCCCGUAAACCCGGAUGCACUCGUGUUCGCGGCACCCGCCCACCGCUGGAAGUUCAUGAGAGGAGCAAUCAGUCCGGCGUUCACGACGAGCAAGUUGACGCAGGCGUUCAAGAUAUUUGAAACCUCCAGCGAGGCACUGGCGGACAUUGUCGGAAAGCAAAGUGCUGUCGACACAUCAGUGGAUGCAAUGCUGCUGUUACGGCGAUACGCCUUGGACACGAUUCUCAAGGCCGGCUUCGGCGUCGACAUGGGCGUGCAGAAAACCAAACCUGGUGGGUUUUGGGACAAGCUCGCCGUUGAAAGUGCCCGACUGUUGGAUUCACUCGGUCUGCAAGGAAUCACGUUAAUAGCAAAUUGUCUGCCAGAACUUCAGACCCUUUUCUUGUGGCUGGCGACGGUUACUGCAUGGUGCACGGAUAAGUUCAUCGCUUUAGUCGAGGACCUGGUGAAACCAGUCGUUGAGCGGCGCUGGGAGAUGAAGUCAAACAAUGCUGGCGACAUCCUCCAGUUUCUCCUUAACAGCGAAGACGUGGAUGCCGCCACAGGCAAUCAAUUUCAUAGCCGCCUAUCUAGAUCGGAUGUCUUGGUCAAUGCGUGUGUUUUAGUCUCAGCCGGGUUGGAUAGCACGGUUCACACAGUUGUCUCGGCUCUGUACUCCGUGGCCAUGCAUACAGACAUCCAAGAAAGGCUGAGAAAAGAAAUUCACGCCGUGCUGGAGGAGGAGGGUCAGCUCACCUAUCAGGCUGUCGGACGUAUGAAAUACCUCGGCAUGGUGAUCAAGGAAUCGAUGCGUCUGUAUUCUCAAAACGUUGGGUUCGUUGCAAGACGUGCGGUUUCCGACUACACGUACAAAGACAUUUUCAUACCAAAAGGUGUGAACAUAUUAGCCGCUGCAAGCUGCCUCAACAUAAACCCGGACAUAUGGAGUGAUCCAACUGUGUUUGACCCCGAGAGAUUUAGCGAUGAGAACAAGGCUAGCAUCAACCCCGUUUCUUACCUGCCUUUCGGAAGCGGUCCACGUAACUGCGUAGGCCGUAGGUUUGCCACGCUGAACGUCAAAACAGUUAUGGCCACGUUGCUGUCAAGAUAUCAAGUACGUUUGGACGAAGAGCGCCACAAGGAAGGUCUGGAGUUCAGGAGCAAUUUCAUCACCUCAUGCCUGCCGCGCUCCGUGUGGUUCAAGUUUGAGAACGUUUAACCAUUGGUUUCUCUUACCCAACAACUGCACCACCGCCAUUGGGCUUUAAGCUAAUAAACCAGAUAUUUUCGUCUUGCAUGAACAUUA